CUGUCUUUCAGUCGAAAAUCACAACUUUGAUUGAACGGACUUGCACUAACGAUAUUGUGUAUAAUAGCAAAUCAAUACUUCUGGAUAAGGGUUCCAACAUGUUAUAUUUAUCAAAAGUAUUUCUUCUGUUGUUCUGCGUACAGUUGGGAUUCGCCGCUCAACCUAAGUACCAUUUUGCAACUUAUACGAGUAACUGGUUCGAAGCGGCCGAGUACUGUCAUCGGAUGGGGAUGCGACUGGCCAUAGUCGACUCCGAGCAGAAGCAUGAGGAAACCGUUGCGGCUGCUAGGGAAACUGGAAGCUAUGUAUUGGGCAACUUUGGCGUGUGGUUGGGAGCCACUGAUUUGGGCCGAACAAACAACUACGUGUGGCACAAUACCGGUGAACGGGUGCUCUAUUCACGAUGGAGAAUAGCUGAACCCAGUGGAGGAGAUGAGCAUUGCAUGGCGUUACAGUACUGGCCAAUGUUGGGAUUCUUCUGGACGUGGAACGAUGUAUCUUGCAACAAGAAAUUGUAUGCGAUUUGCGAGAGUGAUGGAAGUGCGGAGUGCUCUGAAGUGGUGUAAGAGGCAAGAGCCAAGUUUAACACUAUUACUGAUUUUUUUUUUUUUUUUCAAAAUAAAUAACAUUUUGCGAAGACGAUUCAUCUGCUUUGUUUCAAUUGCAGAUUAAUUUAAGUUUCUUUGACCCAAUGUCAUCCCGUCGAAGGGGUGAGAAUGGGUCAUUUUUAUACUCUUAUAGAUCAGUGAAAACAUAA